AUGAAAGAAUGGAAAAACAAAUGGGAUGCUCCCAAAGAGCAAAGGAAAUUGUGGAAAGAACUAAUUGGGAAGGAAACUGGCUUUGGGGGUGAAAUCCCAAACUUUCCCGAUAGGAUGUUCAUAAACACGACGACGACUGGUGGACAUGCUUGGGCACCCAGUUCUGGUGUGCUUCCAUCUGACAUUCCGGAGGCAUCUAAAGUUGAUGACUUUCUGCAAGAAAGCAGUGGUGAUCUAGAUGAUCUGAUCGCAAUAGAAUAA